GUUAAUACGAAACCCCCAACCCUGCCAACUGUUUUUCGAUCUUGGUCUCUCACUGACUAUCUCGUGUAUCGUCAAGAUACCGGGAAGUCCUGCAAACAUGCCUCCUCAGCAGCAAAGCACCAGUUCAGAAAUCUUUGACCGAGAAUUCCCCCAAGGCGCGAUCUAUCAAUGUGUUGCAGAAUGCGACUUCUCCAAACAUCCGGAGGCAGGUUUUACGCAACCUAAGCAUCCUCUUCGUGUCGGAAUCAAGGGCAAAGUCAUCAACUACGACCCCGGAAGACAGCGUCUGAAGAUCGAAUUGCCUGCCGAGAAUCCUGGACCCAAAGGUUCCACCACAGUGAUGGCUGUUCUGCCUUGGGAUCCAUAUCUGUGUGUUUGGCCAGAAGGUUUUCCUUUCCGCUGCCGAUAUGCUUUCGGUGGUAAUACUUCCACUGGUGAACUGGUGUUGAAGAAAGGUGACGAAGGUCAAGUUAUCCGGCUCGAUUAUCCACGGAACAAGAUGGGCCACCUCAUUCAGAAAGCGAAGCCAAGCCCAGGCAAGUUUGAGCCAUGGAUUGAGGUGCAAGUCGACAAUGGCGGAAGUGGUCUUGUCCCUGCCUGGGCUCUCGAGUUCGGCCGGGUCAAUUGCAGAAAGGUCAUCACCGUUGAAUACAGCCUACCAAAGCAUAUCCCUGUCGCAUACAAACCCAACUCACAGGUCACUCGGUAUCGAAGAUUGAUUGAGGCAUGGGCUGCAGGCCUUCAACAGCUUGAUGGCAAUGCGCUGACUUUACCGACCGUCCUCUCUGAAGUUCUGAGAGAUAGUGGGAAGAAAGUGGCAUUUAUCAACUAUGUGUACGAAGGAACUCGGAAGGCCAACUUGAUAGACCUUUUCAACAGCGGAAACUUCAGCCUUGGAGACCUUCUGUCUAAAGCUCAGGAUGCGACUACCUGCCGACCUCUGACUGGAAUUUACAAGUGUGCAUACAAGAAUUUCAAGAAGGGAUCCCCCUAUUAUGGGCACAAUCCUAAACUCUAUGAUGGCUCGAGCAACAAUAUUCCGAAGCGAAUGAAAGACCACGACAGAGAUAGCCAAACAAUAUGGUCAUACCACUACGACGCCAGGAGAGCCACACCGACGAAAGAUACGAAAGCAGUGGUGCUCUGGAUUGGCGACGAAGAUUACAGACUCAAAUGGGUGGAAGAGUUUCACAUUUGCCUGUUCAACAACUUCCAUCCGGGGCUUCUGAAUUUCGAAGAAAAGGCCAUUCAACGGGAAGAAGCAAUCAAAAUGCAUGCUACGAAAGAACAUGCGACGGUACUUUCUCGAAUGAUGCUGGAAAUCUUCCGCGAAGUCGGCUGGACAUCUUACUGCGGCCACAAUUCCUUCGGAGCCAGCGCAUUGAACCGCUCGAUGCCGACACAAGAAAUGUCAACAAACGAGAGGGUCUUAUGGACAAAAUCACAAGCCCCAAAGGGGAAGGUCACUGUCUUUACUCGAGCGCCUAUUGAACUCAGACACAUCAACGCCAGCAAACCUCAAGUCGGAAAAGACGUGAUACACAUGUUUAGUCACCAGACCAAGAGCAAAGAUCUGAGGAUCCAACUGGCUGCAGAUGCUGGCCCACCUGUCGGCACGUUGGUGUAUCCGGCUUGGGAGAUCUACGAAAGUGGAUGUCACCCGUGUCCUUGGGCCUGCCUACCCAUGUUGGGUCCCAUGGCCGACUGGACAGAUGCUAACAAGCUUGCCUUCAGAAUUGACUGGCAAGCUGCAGAUGGCAAUUGGAAAUCAAUGUAUGUUCAGCGACGGUCCAAUGUGAAGGUGCUCAGGAAGGACAGUGGCACUGUGCGCCUCGAUACCCCCACUGGAUCAGCAACGUUUCUGAACCCUGACCCGGGCAACGUGCGUGGCAUACUGGAGGUUUAUGUCAGAGCUCGAGCGAUUCAGCGCUGGUUGCAGCAAGAAGCAGUCAACGAUGAUUGGCCUUGGAUGGAGGGCUAUGGCAAUGCACGAGUCAAGGAAGUCAUUCCAGAUCGCUUUCAAAACGUGCUCCGCAUCGUGCCUCCACACUCUCGAAUUGUUGCGCGAGCUUCGGUUGCCAACUUUCAAGAUCUGAAGAAUCAGAUGAUCAGUGCCGGUUUACAACAUGUGGGCACCUGGAAAUGCCAGGCACCAGGCGGGCGAACAGGCCCACAACAACGAACCAGAUGUGACUUCUGUUACGCUCAAGGGCCCGGCACCGACAAUUUCAAAUGCGUGAAGCGGGACCGCGAUGGCUGCAAUAAUUGCUAUGCGAGGGGCUUGCCGUGCUCUUGGUCCCCUUCGCCCCUGUUUCGGGCACCAAGCCUGCCACUAAACCUGCUUACACCACUGGAGACAUGCGGAGAUGCCGUACAUGACAUUGGCGAGCCAGAAAAGGAAAUAUUUCUGGCGUGAACGGAAGGCGACUGGAAGCUGCGGCAUGUAUGGCACAAGACGGGAUUGGAAGGCUGCGGAAAUUGAUCCUAGCUCACUAGCAAACGGAAGACGGGUCGUUUGCCAAAUGUUUGCGCGGUGGGCUGCCUAGUUGAAGGGAUUAGCUUUCAAUGCUAGAGUCAGGUUACCAUGUGGUUGACUUUACCAUAGCAAGCAGCCCCAUCCCAUCAGUAGAAACUGGUAGCCCGUUCCAGAGUUGAGAUCUAGACCAGAGAUCAGAGCUCUCCAAUGCCUCAAGUUGGGGAAUAAAUACCAGCGACUGUAAGACCUGUAUCUUCUGAGAUCGGCACGAUUAUCGAGUAAACACAGGAUACCGCCAGUCCAAUCAUCAAAAGAUAUACACAUAGCGAGAUCGUCGACAACAGCUUGCGUCGCGGUGACCAAUU